UUACAACUGCUGCCUUGUAAUCAAAGGUCCUGGGAUCAAAUCCCACGCCUGGUGUAGCGCCUUUAAUCGAGGUCCUUACCCUGAACUGAUACCCUGCUGAAUUACCCUGCUGUGUGACUGGGUAAAUCACUGUAAGUGACAUGCAGUGCACAAAGCGAACAUGGUAAGUUAGUGUGGAGAAAAGCAACAGGAAAAUAACAAUUAGUAAUGAAGAUGCUGCCAAGAGAGUGAGCAAGUUGAUCGAUGUAAGUAAAAACAGGGAGGGGGGUGGUCUACCCUUGUCGAAAGGCCUUUCCAUGCAGUGGUCGAGGGCAUCAGGCGUGCGGCAUUGUGGCUCUGGGGUCGAGUGUGGUCCUCAAGUCGCUACAGUGCAAGUCUGAAGGAUCUGCUUUCACUCCGUUAAUGAGUCAUGUGACCGGCCCUAAUUUGUUUACCGCCACUGUGUUUCCUCCCUGGCUAAUUUUGUCGACCUCCCGCCCCGUUCGAUACAUGAGUCACACACACACACACACACACACACACACACACACACACACACAGAUCAGACGAAUGAGAAUUACACCAACCUUCCACUGCCUGUGACACCUGUAUGGGACUAUGGCUCUCUUGUUAUCCUCUUCCACCCCCGUUGUCCGAGCACCUCCAUCAUGCGUGGAUGACACGACAAUGGCAUGACCAUAGCAUGACGGCGGUGUGACUGCUCCCCACACGCUGCCGGUUGGGUCCUCUGCUGGUGCUUUUUGGCCUCAUCUGUGCCACUGUGCAUAAAAGGCCCAUGAUGUCACACACUCACCUGAUGGACCUCCUUGCGUUGCCAUGGCAGUGCAGCUGUUUGCUUUUUUUCAUUUGCUGUAUUUCUGUGCCAGCGGAAAGGGACUGUUUUUCCACGCUUUCAUCGAGGUGCUUUUCAGCCUCGGUAGCAGAAGGACACAGUGCCAACGGGGCGGAAAACCACAGGUGGCAAGAUGUGGACAUGCUGUUGUCACGCGUGGGGUUUGAGGAGCUGCGCGAGAGCUUCGGCGAGCACUUCUUCGGCCUGUGCUUCGAGGAGAACGAGCGCGUGCUGCGGGCUGUCGGCAGCACCCUGCAGGACUUCUUCAACGGCUUCGACGCUCUGCUUGAACACCUGCGUGCAUCCUGUGGCCGCAGACCCUCGGCCGACACUCCCUCCUUCCUAUGCAAAGAGGCUCCCGAGGAGGGUGGCAUGCUUCUGCACUGCUUCCGCCCGGCGCCACCCGUGGGCCUUGCCAUGCCAGGCCUGAUCCGCGCUGCCGCCCGCAGGAUCUACCGGCGAGAGGUGCGGGUGAGGGAGGUGCGAGCGGGUGCAGACGGCUCCUCCUCGUCCCCGUGCUCCUGCUCCUCGUUCUCCCCCUCGUCCUGCUGCCUGACCUUCCUCAUCGAGGAAACGGCUGGCGGCGGUGCCGGCAGCCCGGGCCCGCUGCCCCUCAAGCUGUCGUGCUCGCCGCCGGACCUAUGCAUCGGCCUCAGCACCUUCUGCCGGGCCUUCCCCUUCCACCUGGUGCUGGACCCCAGCAUGGCCGUGCUGCAGCUGGGAGAGGGCCUGCGCAGGCAGACGAAGUGCGACGCGCACCGGACUCUCAACUUCGGUGACUGCUUCGAGAUUGUGUCGCCGCGCAUCCCCUGCACCUUCCAGUGCAUUCUGCUGAGGCUCUCGACGCCCUUCACGAUCCGCACGCGACCCGACGGAGCCGGCCUCGACACCCAGGACAAGGUAAUGGAGAUCAAAGGUCAGAUGAUCCAUGUGCCGGAGUCCAACUCCAUCAUGUUCCUGGGGUCCCCGCGCGUGGACAAGCUGGAGGAGCUCAUGGGCCGCGGCCUACAUCUCUCUGACAUCCCCAUCCACGAUGCGACACGCGACGUCAUCUUGGUGGGUGAGCAGGCCAAGGCCCAGGACGGCCUCAAGAAGCGCAUGGACAAGCUGAAGGCCACGCUAGAGCGCACGCACCAGGCGCUGGAGGAGGAGAAGCGCAAGACAGUGGACCUGCUCUACUCCAUCUUCCCGGGUGAUGUGGCACAGCAGCUGUGGCAGGGACAGGCGGUGCGCGCGCGCAAGUUUGAUGACGUCACCAUGCUCUUCUCGGACAUUGUGGGUUUCACAGCCGUGUGCGCCCAGUGCACACCUUUGCAGGUCAUCAGUAUGCUCAACGAGCUCUACACGCGCUUCGACUACCAGUGUGGCAUCCUGGACGUCUACAAGAUCGAGACCAUCGGCGACGCCUACUGUGUGGCUGGCGGUUUGCACAGGAAGAGCGACUGUCAUGCCAAGCCCAUCGCCCUCAUGGCCCUCAAGAUGAUCCAGCUCUCUGAGGAGGUGCUCACUCCUGACGGGAAGCCCAUCAAGCUCCGGAUUGGCAUCCACUCCGGCUCUGUCCUGGCGGGGGUCGUGGGAGUCAAGAUGCCACGGUAUUGCCUGUUUGGCAACAAUGUGACCCUGGCCAGCAAGUUUGAGUCUGGAAGCUUCCCUCGGUGCAUCAACGUGAGCCCAACCACACACCAGUUGCUGAAGGACGAUAAAGCAUUCAAGUUCAUCCCAAGGUCUCGCCAGGAGCUACCUGACAACUUCCCCAAGGAGAUCCCUGGCAUCUGCUAUUUCCUGGAGGCGGGAUCGUCCCAGAGCACUGCCCCCACAGCUAGCUUGUGCUCUGCCUCUUCAGCCCCGAUCCGCAAGGUGUCCUACAACAUCGGGACCAUGUUCCUGCGGGAAACCAGCCUGUGAGGGAUUAGAGGGCAUCACAUGCCACAGCUCCGGCAGAGACUCCAAACAGGAGCAGGACCAGAGACCAGGAUGAAGGAUUUCAAUUGUUUACUUCAGCUGACAGCCUUGUGCCCUAUGGCAAAGCAAACUCUUUCCAAGAACACACUGCUCUCAGCAUCGCAGGUAUGAAAUAUUAUGUGCAUAACUUGGUGCCUUCUGAUCGCACAGAGCAUUGGAGGUGUAGAGAAUUCUUCGAGCUCACAUUCUUGUAAAUGUCCACUGAGCACUCAGCAGAGCAAUGCUGCCUUUGUCCAUCCCUCCCUUCGUCCGUCCUUCUGUCCAUCUGCUCGGGGGGGCGCUGAUGCUGACGCUUGUCUCUCCUUAUACUGGUCUGGUCAUGUGUACCAUGUGUGGUUGACAUGUACUUAAAUUUUUCUUUUUUUGGAACUGGCAAAGGGCAGUUUUUUGAAAGAUUGUGGUUGCGUUAUUAUACAACUUUUACAACACUAGUUAAUUUUUAUUAAUUAAAACAGUUAGCCCUGACUAUGUUCAGUCUGACACAAUAAAAAUGGACCAAGGUUCUACUUCUCACAUCUAAGCAGCUUCACUGAUAUGGAAAAAGGUAUCAUUCACAGUGAGCUGGAGCACAGCUGUCUCGAAAGGUGGAACAAUGGAGACCGGCGCUCAAACAGGUUGUGGGACAUUUUAGAGAGGAAAACUUUCCCAGGGUUACGCCAUGACUGAAUCACAGCCUGCCGAACAAGGGCAGCGCCGUUCCCGUGAGCUGUGAGUCCAAACUGAAUAAAGCACAGCGGAAUUAGAGAAAUUGGAUUAUGGAUCACGAAAAAAAUAGAACAAACAAGAAGGCAAUUUGUGCUGAAAACACUUGCCCUGGUUGUGGCACACACUGCCCAUCCCUGGAAUAUAUCACCAUCACCCCGGUGCUGCUGUCUAGUGGCCACACCCAUAGCUCCCAUCUCGUAUCCACCUUGUCGAGCAGGAGAGAUGCCAGGCCUCAUGAUAAAAAAUCAAUAAAUUGUGGUGGCUCCUUGGCACUCUUUUCCUUUAGCAUUUAUUGCCUAGAACAGUUGUAGAAGGGCACUGUUUGCAAAGUGGUGUGCGGAGCCAUGGGUCACUGUCAUGGCUUGUUGGUGUUUGUAGUGGACAUUGCUGGUAAUGGUGUCCUUGUUGUGAUGAGGCUCCCGUGCGGAGUUUUGUGUUGGACUGCUUCUCUGCCAUGUCGCCAGCGGAGGUUUUCAGAGGUCAAACCCGAGAGCUCCAGUGGCGGCAACCCUUUGCCCAUAUCUUACAAAGGGCUGGCGCCGAAGUGCGAGAUGUGAACUCAAUUUGCUGCCAGCAGGUUGAGAUGUGGAGAAGCUGAACCGAUUGUUUCCUGUUCCUUUGAAAGCAGUGUUCGUGCGCGUACGUGUACCUUGUGCUCAGCUCCGUGUUUCUGGGAAAUGAUUGGUCACGUUGGUGUUUCUUUACUACGUGCCAGUGCUUCGGAGUGCCGACGAACAAACUCUAAGGAGAAGAUGUUAUUCCACCGGAGAGAUUACUUUGUACCAGCUUCUAGUGCUGUGGUCCAAACACGUGAUGCUCUUGGCGCUCUUUCAGUCUUCUGGACACAGCACUGGAGUUUUGCGUUUCCUUUGGCCACUUGAAAUGGUAGCAGAUGUGCUCAUAAUCCAUCUUGACCUCUUUGUGCUGCAGGCACAGGUCUGUGAGCUCCGUGAGGAACUUCACCUAAACCAAAGAAGCAGUUUGGUUGGAUUCACAGCUCCACUGCAGGCCUACCAACAUUCGUGAUAAACACCGUAUUAUUUGCCUUUGCCUUUGUCUUUCACCAGUGGUGCAUACGGAGCUCACGUCGCGAUGUGGACCUCUUGUCUGUUUGACAUGCGUGUGCAAGUCCAUGUAGCAGAACACGGACCAGUCAGCGGCCAGCGUUCGUGUUCAGACCGAUCUGCUGCCCCGGUUUCACUCGUCUGUUCAUUCGAAACGUCCUUGGCAGCAAUAGAGAAAUGCUCUCCAUGUUAUGUAUAUUGAAACAGCUCGUGUCUGAGACAGAUACAUGCUGUAAGAUAACUUUGUACAUAUGGAAUUUAUACAUGACCUGCCAUUUUGAGCAAUAAUCUACGUGUUUUAUUUGUGGCAAGACAAUAAA